CAUGAUAGUUGAGAUGAAAGAAACCAACAGGCUCCCUCUCAUACUAGGAACUCCCUUUCUCAACACUGUGGGGGCAAGCAUUGAUUUCCCAAAUAAGAGAGUAACUCUUCUUCAUGUGGAUCCCAACACAUCCUAUCCUAUCAAACCUUCCCCUACAAUGUUUUGUGGAACAAUCACUAGUGAAGAAGAGGCAACUAAGGAAGCCCAUAGAGACUUGAAUGAUAAAGUGGGGAUUAAAGAGACUACAAAGCUUGAUGAGGAAAUUUUGGAUGGUGAGUAUUUAGACUCUUUAUUUGAUGACCUCAAAGGAGAUUCUAGAGAAGGGGAUUUGGGUCAAGCAAAUAAAGUUGUUGACAAGAAGAAGAGGAAGAAGAAACAAAACCAGCUUCCCACCAUUGUUUCUUCUCCUAUGACUUUGUGUUUGCAUCCCUUGGGGCUUGUUGAUGGAGCAAUAGAGUACAAAGUGAAGCACAAAGGUCCUUCUUCACCUUUUGCAAGUGUCAAAGCCAAGCUAGAUCCCAACUAUCAUUAUGACAAGGAUAAGCUUCAUGAACUUCUCUCAAGUGUCAUUACUAUCAACCUCCACUCUCCUUCCACCAAUUCAACAGAAUCUCAAGGGAGAACUAAAGCUUCUCCUAUCACUCCAUUCCCUAAGGUUCACAACUAGGGCCAAGGUAUUUUUGAGACUUUGGAGCCAGGCUGUCUCGAGUCGCGCCAUCAUUCCAUCAUCACACAUCCGCUUGGGUCGCGCCAUCAUUCCAUCAUCACACAUCCGCUUGGAUCGCGCCGUCACUCCGUCAUCACACAUGUGCUUGGGUCACGCCAUCAUUCCAUCGUCACACAUCCGAUCGAGUCGCGCUGUUAUGCCGAUCGAGUCGCCGUUCGAGUCGUCCUUCGAACCACCGGUCGGGGGAUUCAGCUUUUAACGUCUUCAUCAAAGAUGUAGAGAAUUGAGUCAUCUUUCUAAUGCCGUUUAUUUCAAGCCAAUCGGAGCUGUGGUUCA